AUGCGCGCUUCAUCGCACGCUGGAACGGUCGUCUUCACACGCGGCAAUACCUUUGCCCCGCGCGCGCCUACGCUCCUCCACUUUUCCCUCUUCACGCCGACUGCUGCGCCACUCCGCCAAGCGCAGCGCGCUCCCCCCCGCAGGCGGAGGAUGUGGCGCGCAGCUGCUGCAGGGGGCGCGGGGGAAGCGGAUGCAGGGGCGGCGCCGCUGGUGACCGCUGCAGGCGAUGGCGCAGUGAGGGCGGUCUCCGCCACUCGCUCCGGUCAGUUCCUCUCACCAGUGUCAGGGGCAGUAGAAAGCGCCACUCGCUCCGGUCUCUUCCGCUCGCCAGUGUCAGGCGGAGUGGAGAGCGCCACGAGCGCCCACUGGGUGGGGCGGGCGCAGCUCUGCUCCAUCAUGCCCCGCUCGCACCACCGCCGCAAGGGUACCCCUCGGGAUCGCUGGUUGACUGCACCACUGACGCUGCCGAGUGGGCGCGGGGCUUCUAUCGCCAUUUCCUUUGCAGGUAGGUUUGUGAGUGACAUCUAUUCUGUGGGAGUGGGGGGAACGGGUGUGGGAGGGCGAAGGGGACUACACCCCUUCCUCCGCACGCCUGUGAGACGCCAUAUUCCUUGCCAUGCCCCCACCACGUUCCCGCAUUCCACCUCGCCCUCCUCUCCCCUCCUUCAGACCCCGCCCCAGCGUCCCCUGUGUUCCCCCGCAACCCGCAAACUCCCAAACCUCUUUUCCGCCCAUGCCUUCCCCCCAGACCCCGUGUUCUUACUUUUCCUGCUCGGCAUGCACGCGCGCAACCUCCAACCCCGUGUUCCUGCUCUCCCCCUCGACAUGCACGCGCGCAACCUGCAAUCCGACCCGCGCUGCACCGUGGUUGUGCAGAUCCCUGACCCUGUCUUCGUGCUCUCCAAUCUAGGCAUGCAUGCGCGCAACCUCCAGUCGGACCCGCGCUGCACCGUGGGCGUGCAGAUCCCUGGUUGGAGCGGCCUUGCCAACGCACACGCCACCAUUUUUGGGGACCUCUACCCCCUGCCGCCCAGCCAGCAGGUAUGUUCUGUGAUUGCCAACCUGCGCUUCUGUGAUUGUCGCCGUCCUGCCCUGUGCACUGCUGCUCUUCCCAUCACCUCACCUGCCUCCAUUUCCCAGCCUUCUUUCCCCCCUUCCCCCCUUAUCGUGGGCUGGGAGCUUCUAUGUGAAGCGGCACCAGCACGGGGCAGCGCAGCAGCACACACAUGUGCUCUUCUGGCAACUCCCCUUGCAUUGCUGCUCCUCUCCACCAUCGCCCUCACUUCCUCUCCCUCUCCCCAUUUACUCAACCACUGGCAGGAGUAG